CACGACUGUCUAGUGAAAAACGUUCGGCAUGCCACUGUGAUAAAAUGCUCAGAAUAAUUAAAAUGGUUGUUGCUUGUUUGAUACAACAUCCGCAAAAUGCAAGAACUUAGUGAAAUUUGGUACCAUGGCUACCAUAGGCGAUCAGUGACAAGCUCAUUGACCCUGUAUAAGACAGCAGUCGCUAUCGUGGUUCUCAUUUUGUGCGGAGUCCUUAUGGUUGUGGUUGGAGUGACAAAUAACAGCUCGCAUAUGAAAACAGGAGGUUAUACGAUGUGUUGUUUCGGAUUAAUCGCUGGACUCUGUUUUAUUGGUAUACGUUAUUUAAAAAAGACAGCAAGUAAUUUAGAGAAUACAACUGAAGGAAACGAAAGUCCAUUAACACGCAGUGUCGAACACAUUGAGUUGCUGCUUCGCGAGGGACAGAUGGGAAAUAGCGAGGCUCAGACCAGAGGCUUAUCGUCAUCAAGAAGGGAAUUAAACUUUCUUUUGACGAGAAUCUUUGGUUAUCCUCCUUCUUAUGAGGAGGUAACAACGAAUGAUACUUAUGACACCAGGACGCAGGUUCAAUGUGACCCACCGCCAUGUUACACAGAUGAUGAAAUGUUAGCGGAUGUAAGUUCAUCGCCGCCAUCUUACGAAACUGUUGUCUCAAGAACAGUAACAAGUGAAGUGUGAAAAAUCUCCCCGCCGAGCCCCCCUCAGUUGAUGAAUCGUCCAAAAAAAAAAUUAUCCUUUCGUUGACUCUUCUGAGCUUCACGUAGGAAAAGGCGAGGCCGAGAGUGGAAGUCAUUGCCAAGCUAGUUGGCGCAAGAUUUAAAGUAAAACAUACAACGUUCAGCAACAUUACAAUGUGAAGUACAAUGUAACAACUCUAAUUCCAGAGUUAUAGUCAGCGGUGGAAAGAAUUGAAGUUUCUUUUUACUACGACCGUAAUUACACUGGCGUGGCUUUUCUUGACUGUCGCUCAAAACCCAAUAAUUCUGUAUUGAGAGUACAAGGUACCCUGUCUCUACUUUAGGAAAAGCUUUUUGUUAGUCUGAUCUCAAUGACGUACUUCCGGAGUAAUCUCGUACCUACCGUGUAACCGGAAAGCCAUGGAAGGUCUGGGUACGAGCCUUCUUCCAGCGUGGAUUUACGAAACUACUCGAAUCUACGACGUUUCGACAGCAUGUUACAUGUUCUUCUUCAGGUGAUCAGUGAGAUUGAAUGAUAAUGACGAUUCGUUUAGAAGCAUUUGCUUUGCCGUGAUUGGUUGAUUUUUCACUUCAUUGUGAUUGUGCUUUAUAAUAAUGAGAAAGGAAACUACGCUGUUUAAAAUAGUUCGGUUCGUUUUGUACAAAAUCUCUUUUGCUUUUAAAUUUCAAGUAACAGUUUUUCUCUUCUUCUGCCCCCUUUGUAUUCUUUUCGUAAUCACGCGCGGCUCGCGUGAUUUCACAAAUUAGCCAAUCACGUCAAAAAAACUCUAACCUUGACAUUGGAAAACUGACGUGGACAUUUUUCGCGCACUUUUAGUUUGUUUUCGCGGAGUUUUAGUUGUUUUUGAGCUUUCAUUUGCGUAAAUUUGUUACCCCUUUGUUUGGAAUUUUAAGAAGUUUCGGAGUUUUUACUUCAGCUAAAUGUUGUGG